CCACGUGACGUGUGUGUGUGUGAUGGGACGCGCAGCACCGUCCCUUCAGUUCGGCUGUGGCUGCGCCGAGCUGAGGACGUGGGGUGCGUGACUGCUCUCUGCUGGCCGAUGCUUUAUAAUUUCAAAUACAAAACAAUGGGUGAACAAAAGGAGGCAGUUGUACAUCUAAAAUGUGUAGCACGAAUAGCAAGCAUUCCCCUCAUUGAGACUAGUUGGACAUAUGCAUCAGACUUUUACACAAAAGUAAAGGUAUCAAAUCCUCUCUUCAACUGGGGCUUGUCAACUGCUGAAGCCACAGUCCAAGCUGCUGUGGAACGUACAAAACCAAUUGUUUCAAAAUUUGAAGUCCCAUUAAGUCUUGCAGAUUCACUUGUAUGCAAGAGCUUAGACCUUGUAGAAAAACAAUUGCCUGUUAUCACACUUCCUCCUGAACUGAUUUUUGUCAGCACCAAGGAUUAUGUGAGCUCAACAAUUGUGCAACCUGUUCUCAAGAGAGCAGACUCAGUUAAACAAUUUGGCAGAGAACAAGCACAUACAGUCCUUGAGAGCAAAUAUACAAACUUUGCAGCCUAUAGACUGGACAGUGCACUUGAUUUGGCAGAUAAAUAUAUCGACCAAUAUCUUCCACCCACCGAAGGCACACAAGAGGAAUCAAUUGAAACAAAUAAUACUACAGGAAGCAAAGCAGUCCAGGCACUUCACAAAGCAGACCGAGUGACAAAAAAACUUCAGAGGCGCUUAACACAGCGUACCCUGGCAGAGGCGAGAGCCCUUAAGAAGCAAAGUGAAGACACAUUGCAAACUUUAAUGUACUUAGGUGAAUUGCUUGUCAAAGACCCAAAAGCUGUUUUUGAACUAAGCAAGGAUCUGUGGGCCCAUCUGAGUCAAGAUGAACCAGAAAACCAGGCCCCGCCAACAACACUUGAACAACUAAUGGUCAUGCUUACUCGUGAAUCAGCCCGCAGGAUAGUCCAUCUUUUCAACUACACACGAUCUGCUGUUGUAGCUUUGCCACAUAAUGUUAAUGUAUCCCUUCACAAAGCUGCUGGAUUCUGUUCAGAUCUUUCUGAUGCUUUAGUUAAGGCAGCCCAUCUGGAAGAAGCAAGAAAUAAAGUUAUAUCAAAUGCCAGGCAGAGAAUAUUAUUUAUUCAGAAACUGAUUUCAGAUAUCAACUCUUAUGCGACUAAUCAACUUGAGACGCUGACAAAGUCAGGUUCCAGAAAGGGAGAGAGCAAGAAAGCACCAUCUUCUAGAAAUGGAGAAGUGCAACCUACUGAAAACAAAUCUGCUGUGACCAAAUAUCGACGUUAAUGUAACAUAUGUCAUGCUUAUUUUCGAGAAAAAAUUCAUUGAUUUAUUUGGUGGAGAAUUUUUUGGGCAUUGUGUAAUAAUACAAUGAUGGAACUGAAGCAUGUAAAAAUGUGUUGCCAAAAAUCAUCACAGCUAUAUUCCAAAUUCUUCAAAAGGAUGUUUCCAUAUUCCACACAAUAUAGUUAGUUUUUGCAUCUGAAAGGAAUGUACUGAAACACAAAAUAUACACUAUUAAUUCAAUUAAAUUUUGGAGAUCCAUUUGAGGAUAAAUACAGUAUGAAGUAUUGAGUAUUUUCAUAAACAGGGUUUAGAAUAUUUUUUGAAACAAGCUUUGUUUGUAACUUUUUUUGCAUAUUCCAGAUGGACAAUAUGACCUGGCAAUUUGCUUCAUUAAAGAUUUUUGUCAUGUCAUUAUGCAGUGAAGAAAAUUAUUCUCUGAAAGUCUAGGCUAAACAAUGUCUUUAACCUGUGUUAUCAGUCAGUAAAAACAUGCUGUCUGUUGAUGUACUCUUAAAUAUUAUAAAUCAUUCAAAAUACAUCUGACAUUAUUUGUUUCUUAGGUGAAAAAAGAUGAAAAUAUGUAAUUUUAAAUGUAUGGUGUGUGCAUGGCUAAAAGGUACUGAACAAAACUGAAUUUUCAUAAUUUCUCAGUGGAUACAUUGUUAAUGUAACAUGAACCACAACUUUUAUUAGUGAAAUUUCCUUCAUUGAAUAACCAUUAAUGAACCUCAACUGAACAAAGAUUCUUUGUUUGAUUUUUGUAUCUAACUUGAUUCACAUUUUCCAUUGAGUUUGUUAUAUACCAUAUACUUCUCACCAACAAGAACAACUUAUUUCCGCUGGGACCCAUGCAACAAAUGAUGCCUUGGAGAUAACCAAAAGUAUCACAUAUCAAACACUGCUGUAAAUUAUAACUUAUCCUGAUAGCGUUUGAGACAAGUGUACAAAGAUUCUUACAUAACUAUAUUGGCUAUAGCACUUUUUGAACACCUUAUUGUUGCACAAAAUCGGAAGGUACCUAUUUUCAGAAUGUAUAUUUUAGCUCCCAACACUAUAACCUAAUGUUGAUAAUGUAGGUGAUAGAAAUCAGAUUUUGUUACAGAUACUUUUUUUUUCUUACAAAACUAACACUGUUAUGUAUUUUUUUUGACAAUGUAAAAGACUGAUACGUAAAUAAAUUUUUAGUUAUUUA